AUGUGCAGCGGCGGUCCGCUUCCAGGGUCACACUGCAGCGUCAUAGCCAUCCUCUACCCAGGAGAUCUGCUGAAGGCUGAGGGACAGGUCUGCAGGACCUCGAUCCGGCACAUCGACCUGCAUACCGGGAAACUGAAGCACCGCGACGAGGCCGUCCGCGUGCUGAAGCUAUUCCGCACGGCAGUCCUGGCCGAGCUGGGGCGUCCCGGUAGGCAGUGGGACGGGGCACCGCUAUCACAAGCAGUGGUGGAGGACAGGCUUGCCGACUGCGACCACCCUAUCCGCGACAAAGUGCCAAACACAGUGUCGGACGAGAAGGUCGGCACCGGCAUGCUUGCUGCGACGUCGUUCGGGUGGGUGGCCAAGCAGGUUGACCUGCUGACGGGCGAGAAGGGUCGUGGUGCGGUGAGACUCGAGAACAUCAAGACAAAGGGGCUAAAGUCGUUGCGAGACAGCAUGGUGGAGUACAUCUGCAAGCGCAUCGCCGAAAAACGCUCUGCGACGCCGACAUCACAACCCACCGACAGUGUGAUUGAUGACGACGGCGCAGAAAGACUGACGGCGCCCCAAGCAGCAGUUGCCACCCAGCGCCAGGGGAACGCGAAGGUGUCCGCGGAAGGAGGAAACGGUGGUGGAGGAGGCAACGCUGCGACAGGUGGAGGAAGGAAGGAAGAGGAGGAGUCGGAGGAGGAUUCGGAGUCGGAGUCGGAGUCGGAGUCUGAGGAGGAGGCGGAGAAGCGGAAGGACGAGGACGAGGAGGAGGAGGAGGAGAAGGACGAGAAGGAUGACGGCGAUGAGGAGGAGGAAGGGAAGGAUGAGGAGGGGGAAGGGAAGGUUGGGGAGGGGGAAGGGAAGGAUGAAGAGGGGGAAGGGAAGGAUGGGAAGGGGGACGGGAAGGAUGAGGAGUUGGUGGAGGAAGUGGUGGAGUACGAGGUGGAGUUCGAAGAGGAGGAAGCUACAGUAGAGGUGGUGGGGUCGGUGGAUGAAAAGAAUGAGGAAGUGGAGGAUGGCGAUGCGGGUAAUGAUACGAGGUCGGCAGAUGGGGGGAAGGAGAAGGAUGAGGUUGGCGUGGAGGCAAUGACGGAAAAGGGCCAGGAGGAGGCGGCAUGCGAAGGUGGGAAGGUGUCGGUCGACGCCGGCGAAGCGGCGAACACCACGGGCGUGCAGGAGACGGGGGACGCUUCUGAUCGGCCGGGUAAUGAGCUGGACGACGUCGAGCUGGUGCGAAGGGAGAACUGGUUGUCGAGGGCGGAGAACGCUCGGCUGGCGACGUUGCUCGAUGCGGAGCAGGCUCGGCUGGACAGGUUUUUUGUUGGGAUUCGUGGACUCGUCGACCACGUGAAGGAGUUGGCCGAGCAGGUCGACGACACCGAGAAGUAUGCGGCGGAACAGCUGCGAAACGCGACGGCGGCCAUGUCGAAGACAAUCACGAGCAACAUCACCGGCAGCUUUGACGAAGCGUGGAAGACGAUGAAGACCUUCGCGGAACAGGAGACGGCGUGGUUGGAGGACUUCGACAACCCGCAGGGUCGUGUGGCAGUUGCACGCGCGGUAGCGAUCGACGCGUUGGCCGAGCAUGUGACUGGGGUGGUGGGCGAAGCGUAG